AUUACGGAAUGGGGGAUGCAAUGAUGUACCAAACGCUACACUGUUGGAGUGAACAAGAACAAAAACAAAAACAAGAACAAGAGAAGCUCCUGCGGCUGCGGCUGCUCCUCCCAUACCAAGCAAACAAGGACACAAAUGUAAUUGCAAGGAAGCGCAUCCGCAGAAAGAGUCCCACCCUUCGACCAGUCAUUCCACUUUAAACUUUGAAAGACGGCCCCCAAUUUUGUCAUUUCUUAAACCCCACUUUUGGCUCCCCAUUCUGCCCCUGCUCCUCCACCACCUUCUCCUCCUCCUCCUCCUCCUCCUAGCCUACCCCACACCCUCACCCUCCCUCUCCCCCCGCAACUAAAACCCAGACCAGAAGAGAAAACAACACUACUUCCACACACAGAGAGAGAGAGAGAGACGUAAUACAAAAACAACUAAAAAGAAAAUAGUAACGGCAAAGCAAAUAAUAUCAUUUCAAUGGAAAACAUUUCCCAUUCACUUCCAAAGCGGAGCUUCUCCUCUAAUUCCUUCAAUGCCGCCUUCACUUCUCACAAGUCCGUCUACGACGACGUUUUUGGUGGCCCCCCCAAGUUUGGCCUCCCCACUCUCGCCCCCCGUCUCGAGGACUACUCGGAGAUUUUCGGCGGCUUUCACGCCUCCCGAUCUUCCUCCAUUCCUCUCCUCCAUCUCCCGCUCAUUGCUGACGACUCCGACCAACGUUUCGACGUCCGAACCCCCGGUUUCGACUACUCUGAGGUUUUCGCUGAUUUUGGAGGCUUCGAUUUUACGACGUCGUUUGAGGAUUUAAUCGGGCUUUCCUGCGGUGGGUAUGACUCCUCUGAUGACCCGUGGAGUCCAGCACAGAGUGGGUCUCUGUCAGAUGAAUUAGAUCCUCUGGCUGGAUCUGACAAGAGUCACAGGUUAUCAGAUGGAGAUGUUCACCAGUCUGAAAGCAUUAACCAGUUCAAUAUAUCUUACAACAAGUCUAGUCAGAGAAAUGUGGGAACAGUUUUAACUGAGAGCAGUCAUGUAACUAAUUUUAGUGCUGUUCCUGGAUAUACUUUCUCUCAUUAUGGAAGCCCUGCUUCCUGGAAAGGGGAAGAUGAGCACUGCUCCAUGCAUGUGAAUGAUGAUCUCAACAAUUGUAAAGAAUUUGGGGGAAGAGUUACAGAAGAAAAAUACUACAAGGGCUUGUCUAACCUCUUACCUAAUGGCUUUAACUCACAUGGGUAUGACUUGAAUCCUCUAGAAAAAAAUGUAAAUUCAACUUCUGUGCGGGAUAAACCAUUUGUGACUAUCUCUGAUAUCAGUCUUCGAACUAAGCCUUCACGGCUGCCGCCGCCUUCAAGACCUCCACCUUCCUUAGUUGUUAAAAAUGGAGAAUGUGGGAGAUCAAAUGCAAAACUCAAGGCUUCCAAAACUUAUGCUUUCGACAGAGUGGCAGAUGAUAGUUCACUUUUCUUUGAUGUGGAAGUGGAUGCUGCCACAUCUGCUGGGGAUAGGGAAAUUGGAAGUCAGAAUGUUAAAGUGAAGCAUGGAAGCACUAAAGAAUCAAUUGAGAGAAAGGACAUGUGGGACAAUAGUGUUAUGCAAGUGGAGGAGGAAAUAAACAAGAAUAUCAGGCUAAGUAGCAACAGUGAGGAUGAGAAAAUGGUUCAAUUGCGUGGAAAAGAAACCGCCGUCUCAGCACAUGUUCUUGAAGACAGGAUAGGAUCAAGAAAGGGCACCGAAGAAACUUCAGGAUCCCAGGAUGUGGAAUAUCAUGACGAUAUGGCCGAUAAUUUUUCUGGGGUUGUUGCAUGGAGGGAAGCAAAGGAAUAUUUUGAGGUCAUUGAAGAAAAUAUAUCCAGGCAGGCCUUUGAUACAGUUGAGUGUUGUGAUACUUUUCUGCAACAUGUGAAUCAAGAUAAUUAUGGACAUCAGAUGACAACAUACUAUGGAGCAUUUAACAAAAAGGGAAACGAUAAGAAAUUUAAAGAAAGAAAGGAAGCUCCUGAAAGGAAUCAACCUGAGAUGACGGGAGAGCAUUGUGACUGGGGUAACAUGCUGCAAAAGGAAAAACCAAAAGAAAGGUUGAGCGAAAAAAUAGAGUUUGAGGAGAAAGUAAUGCUGAACAAACUAGCCUGUAUAUGUGAUUUAGAUAUGGUGAUACCCGAAAAUUUCCAGCCGCUUGGAGAAAGUGAAAAGCUAAACGGCAAUGUGAGUGCAUCAGAAUAUAAACUAAAAUUAAAAGCAUCCCAUAAAGCAAUGGAUAUUGAGAAAAGAUUCAUAGAUCCUCUAAUUAUGAAAAAGACUAGUGGGAAACAUAACCAAAAUAUUCUGGGGGAAGAAUGCCAGAGAAGACUUGAAGAUGUGGAGGGAGCAGAAACCACAGAAAUAGUAAAGGAGAGAGCAAAAACUGAAGGAAUUGGAAAACAAACUAGUGGCAGUUCUGGAAUUAAUGAGAACAAACUGAAACAGACUCAUGAGUUGAAAGAGAAAGGGAUGGUCCUUAAAGAGGCGAAGAAGCAUGGACAGAGUGGCAAGAAUUCGUAUAUAGAUGCUGGGCAUGAAAAAGGUGCGAUUGAACAACUUUCUUGUGAAGUUGACAAAGACAGGAAGAGGCUUAUUGAGGCUGGUAAGCAAAGAGUGAAUGAGUUGACAUCUAAUGAGGCUCUUGAACAGGUUGGAAAUGACAAAGAAAACAAAGUGAUUCAUGAAAGAGAGGCAAUUAAAGAGAGAAAUGGAGAUGCUUCCGGAAUAGAAGAAACCGCUCUGAGAUUUAGAAUGGCUGAGGCUGAAGCAGGCGAGAGGGAGGAAUCUUUUGCAAAAAAGGACACUAUGGACUUGAGAAGAGAUGGUUUACUUGAAGAACUCAGUGAACAUGCUGAAGAAAUUGAGCCCAUUGACAGGAUUGGACAUGAGGCAGAAGUGAAAUGGGACAUGGAUGAUCAUGUUCUCAUAAAAGGGGUUCAGUUGAAGGUGAUCGAUGGAGAAUGUAAACUUGAUGAAGCAAUUGCCCCUGAGGUUUCCUGGAAGCAUGAUAAUAUUGAAAUGCUGGAAGUAGCACAAGCAGAAUUUUCACCUGAAGGAAAUGGUAGGUUGAAUUUGAAAACUGAAGAUGAUGGUCAAAAGGUGAAAGAAAUUCAAUUCAUCUGCAAAAGGGUAGAUAUAAGGGAUAGUUUCAUCCCAUGUCAAGUGACCAGAGAGUCUCUCAUCAAUGGAAGGAAGGUGGAAGAUGACUCAUCAGCAGCAGAACAAAGUGAUGAUACACUAUGUUCAAUAAAAAAUGCUACAUGCCUAAGGGACAAGAAUUUUAAAGAGAACCUUGCCUCAAGAAACCAGAAAAUAGGUGAUAGAAUAAGAAGGCAAACUGAGGUGGAAAAUGAACUUAUGAGAAAAAUGGAAGAAGAAAGAGGAUGGCUGUUGAUAAAGCAGCUCUUGAAGCUCGUGAAAAAUCAUAUGCUGAUGCUCGUGACAGAGCAGAGAGAGCUGCAGUGGAGAGAGCUACUGCUGAAGCAAGACAAAGAGCCAUGGCAGGGGCUCGGGAAAGAUUGGAGAGGGCAUCAACGGAGGCUAGGCUCAGGGCUGAUCGAGCUGCUGCAGAUAGAGCAACUGCAGAGGCUUGGCAGCGAGCUGCUGAAAAAUCUAUGGCUGAGAAGACUGCGUCUAAUUUGCAUGAUCGCGUAGAAAGAUCUGUCCCUGACAGGUUUUCAGCUUCUUUCAGAUCUGCUGAUACAAGAAAAACUUCCGUGUCAUCUGACCUCCACUUCCAAAGCACUGGAAUCUCAAACGUAUUGAGAGAUUCAUAUUCCUCAGUGCAUGUUGGGGCUGAAGGUGAAUCACCUCAAAGGUGUAAAGCUCGGCUAGAGAGAUACAGAAGAACAGCUGAGCGUGCAGCAAAUGCUCUGGCGGAAAAAAAUAGGCGUGACCUUCUUGUACAGAGAGAAAGAGAAGAGAGGAAUAGAGUGGCAGAAGCUCUGGAUGCUGAAGUCAAGAGAUGGUCAAGUGGAAAAGAGGGAAACCUUCGGGCUCUACUCUCAACUUUGCAAUACAUUCUUGGACCAGAUAGUGGUUGGCAGCCCGUUCCAUUAACUGAAGUUAUAACUUCUGCGGCUGUGAAAAGGGCUUACAGGAAAGCCACUCUUUGUGUCCACCCCGACAAAUUACAACAACGUGGUGCAACAAUUCAGCAAAAGUACAUAUGUGAGAAGGUCUUUGAUCUUCUAAAGGAAGCUUGGAACAAGUUCAAUUCAGAGGAGCGUUGAAUCAAGGCAUUUUUUAUGGUCGGUGUAAUGUUUGUGCUGGAAACUUGGCUUCCAGCAAGUAGAUUAUCUGCUUAUUAUCCUGGCCUAUUAAUAUCUGCAAAGCUCAGUGUUAAGUAUGCGUCUACGAAAAUGGCAGAAAAUCAAAAUAUAUUAGAAGAUCCAAGGGUGUCUAUUUAUUGUUACAAAGUGGUGCCAAAUUCAGUAGUUGGCAUGAUUAGGCUAAGUGGACGUGAUAUUGCUCACGAAAAUUAUCUUUUUGUUCUUGAUUGCAACAAUCUGUGGGAUCAAAAGUUGAGUAGCCUCAAGAAAUUACCUCCCAUACAGAAGCACGCAGUGGAGACAAGAAGGCAGACAAAAUAUGCAUAUUGUUCAUCUUCUAGAAUCUGCCUUCAGUAUGAUUUGUUGCCUGGGAGCAGGCUACUUCAUUUGUCCCUUGACAUGCAUGUUUCAACUUUAGAAUUGGAAGCAGCUGUGUAUCUUGACAAUGAUAAUAUUUUUGUUUUCCGAGUGGAAUUUGGGACGCAGUCCCUUCUCUGAGCGA